CUCCCACCCGUUGCCUUUCCACUACCCACAUCCAUCUCCCGGCUCCCCCCGCCCCCACCCUCUUCUUGCCAACACAAGGCGGGUGUCCAUGGCCGUCCAGGCGCAGCACCUACUCAACCCCGCCUUCCUCCCCCACCACGACCUCGCCCACGCCUUCAGGGCGCUGGAAGGUGCCGCGGUCGGUGCCGCCGUCGGCGGCAACUUGUUCUUGGACGAGCUCGGCUUCGUCGGGUGCGCGCCGCCAGCGCCAGCGCCCAUCGGGGACGCCCCGUUCGUCGACGCCCAGCCGCGCAGCGAGCUCACCUGCAACGGCAGCGGCGGCGACAACAACAACAACGUGUUCCUCCCGAGGAAGCGGGCACGCGUUGCGCCGGGGUUCCUGGAUGAUGGCAGCCACCAGCAGCAGGGGUUGGUUCUGCCCCUCCCGCUGCCGCCGCACGUCCAGGUGUUCGCCGGCGACGUGCAGACCUGCAGAGCCGGAGGGUGCGGCGCGGCGUCCACCAGCGGUCGGGCCGCGGUGGCGUCCAAUGCCGUCCUCUCGCAGCUCUACCACCAGGGCGUGGAGAUCGACGCGCUGGUGCGGCUCGAGACCGAGAGGAUGCGCGCGGGGCUCCAGGAGGCUCGCCGUCGGCACGCGCGCGCGGUGGUGGCGGCCGUGGAACGCGCCGCGUCCGGUCGGCUCCGCGCGGCGGAGGCCGACCUGAUGCGCGCCCGGUGCCGCAACGCGGAGCUGGAGGAGAGGCUUCGGCAGCUGGCGUCCGAGGGCCAGGCGUGGCUGGGCGUGGCCAGGAGCCACGAGGCCGUCGCCGCGGGCCUCCGCGCCACGCUGGACCAGCUGCUGCUGCAGCAGCAGCAGCCCGCCGCCGGCGCCGACUGUGGCGGCGGCGAGGCGGAGGACGCGCAGUCGUGCUGCUUCGAGACGUCCCCGUCGGGCCUUGUCGCCGACGACGCGGCGUCCAGGGGUGGUGCCUCGUCGCCGCCGUCGCCGUCGUGCAAGUCCUGCGGCGGCGGCGACGCGUGCGUGCUGCUGCUCCCGUGCCGGCACCUGUGCCUGUGCCGCGCGUGCGAGCCCGCCGCCGAGGUGUGCCCCGUCUGCGCCGCGGCCAAGAACGCCUCGCUCCAGGUCCUGCUGUGACGAACGAGGCGGGCGGCAGCCCUGCCGGCGUCCGUUCCCGCGGCGGCGGGUACUCGUCGUCUUCGUUCCCCGGUUCUCGUCGAGUCGCGGUUGCUGCCCCACGCAUGCGCCGGCACGUGAGUCAUGUGACCGGAGGGGUCUGGUAGCGGCAAUCUUUUGUUGGUUUGGGUACUACUAGUUGUAGGAGUACAUCUUGUAGAAACUAGAAAUGCUCCAAGUUGCAGCAUAGGCUAAUGUUUAGACCCAGUUACUAGUUGUACUGCUAAUUACUCUCAUCCCCUCUAAAUCGCUAACUUGGUUCACCGCUCCAAUAUCUUGGGCUAUUGGCUUAUUGUUAUUAAUGAAGAAAUAGGCCAAAGUUGAGCUGCGAAA